AGACAUAACAGGCGAGAUCGCGAUGUCGCCUGACGAUCCGAUGUACCUGCAAAGCUCCGAUCAUCCCGGAUUGCAUCUGGUUUCGAUCCAGUUGAAUGGAAGCAAUUUCCUUCCAUGGCGGCGUGCUGUUCUGCUUGCGCUUGGAGCGAAGAACAAGCUAGAUUUCAUCAACGGAAAACUUACAGCUCCGUCAGAAGACGCCGAGAACUACAACAGCUGGAGAAAAGCCGACUGUACGGUAACUUCUUGGCUUUUGACUUCUAUGUCAUCUGAGAUUGCUGAGGGAUUCAUCUAUGUCGAUUCUGCAUUUCAACUAUGGGAAAUUAUAAAUCAACGAUUCGGCGAAUCAAAUGCUGCCUUACUGUUUAGUCUGCAAAAGGAAAUUGCAAAUAUUAAACAAAGCACAUCGUCUGUGGUUCUGUAUUUUACAAAAUUGAAUCGGUUGUGGGAUGAGUGCGCUACACUAGCACCUUUACCUCUAUGUGGUUGUGCUAAAUCAAAGGAGUUACUGGAAAUGGAUUCUAGGAACAAAUUGAUGCAGUUCCUCAUGGGACUCAAUGAGUCAUAUGAUUCAGUUAGUAGCCAGAUUUUACUAAUGGAUCCACUGCCAAAUGUGAAUAAAGCGUACUCACUAGUUCUGCAAGAGGAAAGGAAAAGAAGUGUUCAUAUCUUAUAUCCAGACUCCACAGAUACAACAGCAAUGGCUUUUAAGACAAAGGAGUUUGGGAAUAGAGGUAGAGACUAUGUGCAGAGAGGAAGAGGCCAAAAUUCCUUUGCAGGCAGAGGCAAAGGGUCAGUUACUAGGAAAACUAAAGAAGAAAGGGCACAGCUGGUUUGUGAACACUGUGGCUAUAAUGGGCAUGAACAAAAGGAAUGCUUCAAACUUCAUGGUUAUCCAGACUGGUACAAAGAGUUCAAGGAUAAAACCAACAAAGGCUAUGCCAAUCAAGUGGAGAGCACAGAAAGCCUACCAAAAGGAAUAGAUAUGGCUAGCCUAGCUCAAGAGUUGAUGAAAUUCAUGGGAGGCAGACAGACAGGAAAUCAAGAUAGCAUAUCAGAAGGAGUUAAUUUUGCUGGUAAUACUAUUGAUCUUAAUUUUCAUUUUGCUUUAUCAAUGUUUGAGGAUAUAGGAAGAAGUUCUUGGAUAUUGGAUACUGGUGCCAGCAAGCACAUGUGCACAAAUGACCUGUUGAUUUCAGACCUUACACUUUUGACCAAACCUAUUUCUGUCUAUCUACCAGAUGGCACUUUGAAACAAGUUACUCAUACUGGAAAA